GGACCACCUGGACUACCACCACCUCGACCGCAUGCUGCGCACCACCGGGCAGACGAUCGUGCUGCUGACCGCGGGCAACGGCCUGAUCCGCCCGGCCUCGCGGGAGGAGCCUCCAGAUGGCCAGGAGGUGCUUGGAGAUGAUCGUCACUCAUCCGAUUCGGCGUCUGACGAUGCUCGCUGGCUUGAGGCUCCGACACCACAGUCUCCGUCGAGGAACUCGGGCGCUACUUCCAGGAGUCGCCUGGCCGCAGCCACCAUCCGAGCUCUACGAGCUGACGCACCGCCGCUUCCUGCACGCGGGGCCGAGCAGCUUCCACGCCUUCAACAUGAUCUGCGUGCGGCAGGCCCCCGUGCACGCCGUGCCCUGGGUGCAGUGGCCCGGCGGCCCGUCGCCCGCCGACGGCGGCGGCGGCGGGGCGUCCCCGCAGGCGCCCCUCCCCGCCCAGCCGCCGUGGGUGAACCUCUUCUUCUUCCCGGAGGCGGUCUUCUGCCAGUGCCCGCCCGCGGCCGACCAGACGGUGCGGUCGUCGCUGCUGUGCCUGGAGGCGCUGGCCCAGCGCCAGGCGCCGCUGUUCGUGCCCGACUGGGGCGCAGCAGGCGCGGCCGUGGGCCCGCCCGAGGGAGAGCCUGCGAGGGCCACGCCAGCGAUGCCGCAGAGGCCCGCGGCCCCCUCUGCCCCUGCUGACGCCGGGCUCUGGGCGGAGCUUCGGGAGCCGCGGCUCAACACGUACUUCGCGCCAGUGGAGACGGAGCAAUAUCCGGACUACCCGAACAACUACGCGAUCUCGCCCGCGAGGCCAAGAGGUGCACACCUCUUUGGUGCCCAGGGCUCGGAGGCUGUCCAGGAGAUCCAGGGCGAGAGCGCCUGCACGAGCAGCGUGCCCGGCGGCCCGAGUCCUGCCUCGACGGCCGGCGAGGCUGGGCACGCCUCCCAGAGCGCGGCAUCUGCGCCCAUGGCCGGCAACCCGCUGCAGUUCGACUGGGCGGACCCGAUGGGUCCUGCCUACGCCGCCAUGUUCUACCUCCUCCUUGCCAUCACCGGCACAUCGGAGAGGCCGCUCGAUCCCGACGCACGGGGCCUGCAGUGGUCUUUCCUCGUGCCCUGGUACGCCUGCGUGGCCGGCGACUGGCUGCAGGGGCCCUACGUCUACGCCCUCUACGACGCCUACGGUUUCGACCGCCGUGCCAUCUCCCAGCUCUUCGUGGCCGGCUUCGCCUCCAGCAUGAGCUGCCAGGCGUACUGCAUCCUGUGCGCCACCUCCUGCGCGACGAAGCACUUCGCCAGCUACUGGGUGCUGAUGGCGGGGCGGGUCACGGGCGGGGUCGCCACCUCGCUGCUGUUCUCCUGCUUCGAGAGCUGGCUGGUCUCCGAGGCGCGCGAGAGGCGCGGGCUGAGCGACCGCCACGUCCUCGAGCACAUCUUCGCCCUCAUGUGGUUCGGCAACUCCCUGGUGGCGAUCCUCGCGGGGGUCCUCGGGGACGUGGCCGUGGGCGCCGGCGGCCUGCGCAGCGUUGCCGGGGGGCCGCUGCACCUCGGCGGGUACUGCUCCGCCUUCGACCUCGCGAUCCUCUUGCUGCUCGUGGGGCUGGGGCUGGUGAGCUGCCUGUGGGAGGAGAACUACGGUAGCGGCGCCGAGGUUGCCCACUGCGACCUGGUGGCUCAGGUCAGGGCGGGCGCGCAGUCGAUUCUUAGGAGCAAGCAGCUGAUGGUGAUCAUGGUCAUGGUGGCCUGCUUCGAGGGCUCGAUGUACACCUUCGUCUUCCACUGGACGCCCGCCCUCAGCAACGCGUACUCCACGCCCGCUUUUGGCAUGGUGUUCGCCAGCUUCAUGAUGGCGUACAUGUGUGGCUCCUCUACCUUUGACCUCCUGAGCAGCCGCGGGGUCGCGGUGAUGCGGCUCAUCCAGGGGGCGUUCUCGCUCGGGGCGCUGGGGUUCCUCAUCUCUGGCGUCGGCCUCGCCCAGCGACUGGGCUUCGCCCGCCUAGUUCAGGUGUACCUGGGAUUCCUGAUCUUCGAGUUCUGCUGCGGCCUCUACUUCCCGUCAUCCUCCACGAUCAAGGGGGAGCUGGUGCCCGAGGGGGUCCGGAGCACCGUGUACAAUCUGUACCGGGUGCCGAUGAACGCGAUCGUGCUCGUGACGCUGCUCUCAGACAUCCCCAUGACGGCCGUGUUCAGCGUCUGCUUUCUGCUGCUCGCGGCGGCGGGAGCAUCGACAGCCUCUCUCAGAGCACCUACAAGCCAGUCGCUGAAGGGCGCGGCGGACCAGGAGUACGGGGCCGUCGACGAGGGGAGGGUCAAGCGAGAGGCAUGA